AUGCGCUGCGCGUUGACGCUGGGGUCCACCACGGCCCAGGCCCCGCCGCGCAGCUCGGCGCCGGGCGGCACGUACAAAGGCCCCGCCGCGCAGCUCGGCGCCGGGCGGCACGUACAAAGGUAUUGCGUGUGUCGUUACCUGGCGUCGGGGUCAGCGUACAUCUCCAUGCGCUGCGCGUUGACGCUGGGGUCCACCACGGCCCAGGCCCCGCCGCGCAGCUCGGCGCCGGGCGGCACGUACAAAGGCCCCGCCGCGCAGCUCGGCGCCGGGCGGCACGUACAAAGGUAUUGCGUGUGUCGUUACCUGGCGUCGGGGUCAGCGUACAUCUCCAUGCGCUGCGCGUUGACGCUGGGGUCCACCACGGCCCAGGCCCCGCCGCGCAGCUCGGCGCCGGGCGGCACGUACAAAGGCCCCGCCGCGCAGCUCGGCGCCGGGCGGCACGUACAAAGGUAUUGCGUGUGUCGUUACCUGGCGUCGGGGUCAGCGUACAUCUCCAUGCGCUGCGCGUUGACGCUGGGGUCCACCACGGCCCAGGCCCCGCCGCGCAGCUCGGCGCCGGGCGGCACGUACAAAGGCCCCGCCGCGCAGCUCGGCGCCGGGCGGCACGUACAAAGGUAUUGCGUGUGUCGUUACCUGGCGUCGGGGUCAGCGUACAUCUCCAUGCGCUGCGCGUUGACGCUGGGGUCCACCACGGCCCAGGCCCCGCCGCGCAGCUCGGCGCCGGGCGGCACGUACAAAGGCCCCGCCGCGCAGCUCGGCGCCGGGCGGCACGUACAAAGGUAUUGCGUGUGUCGUUACCUGGCGUCGGGGUCAGCGUACAUCUCCAUGCGCUGCGCGUUGACGCUGGGGUCCACCACGGCCCAGGCCCCGCCGCGCAGCUCGGCGCCGGGCGGCACGUACAAAGGCCCCGCCGCGCAGCUCGGCGCCGGGCGGCACGUACAAAGGUAUUGCGUGUGUCGUUACCUGGCGUCGGGGUCAGCGUACAUCUCCAUGCGCUGCGCGUUGACGCUGGGGUCCACCACGGCCCAGGCCCCGCCGCGCAGCUCGGCGCCGGGCGGCACGUACAAAGGCCCCGCCGCGCAGCUCGGCGCCGGGCGGCACGUACAAAGGUAUUGCGUGUGUCGUUACCUGGCGUCGGGGUCAGCGUACAUCUCCAUGCGCUGCGCGUUGACGCUGGGGUCCACCACGGCCCAGGCCCCGCCGCGCAGCUCGGCGCCGGGCGGCACGUACAAAGGCCCCGCCGCGCAGCUCGGCGCCGGGCGGCACGUACAAAGGUAUUGCGUGUGUCGUUACCUGGCGUCGGGGUCAGCGUACAUCUCCAUGCGCUGCGCGUUGACGCUGGGGUCCACCACGGCCCAGGCCCCGCCGCGCAGCUCGGCGCCGGGCGGCACGUACAAAGGUAUUGCGUGUGUCGUUACCUGGCGUCGGGGUCAGCGUACAUCUCCAUGCGCUGCGCGUUGA